AUGGCGGGUGGCAAAACUUCAAAAAAGCGUAAGGCUGCGAAUUCCUCAUCUCGUCUCUCCUCCAAGCGCCGAAACUGGAGCACUUUACCCGAUGGAUUCCAAGUCUUCUGCGAUUCCCAGCGUCAGGCCACCAAAGACGCCUGCGCGAUCGCCGGCCUCAACGUCAUCCGCAUCAUCAACGAGCCCACAGCCGCCGCCAUUGCCUACGGCCUCAACCAACGGGCAAAUGCUUCCUGGGGAGGUUCGAAAAACGUGCUCGUCUUCGACCUUGGCGGCGGCACCUUCGACGUCUCCCUCCUCACCAUCAACGAUGGCUCCUUCGUCGUGAAGGCCACCGCAGGCGACACCCACCUCGGAGGGGAGGAUUUCGACAACCGAAUAGUCGCCCACUUUGCGGCCGAGUUCAAGCGCAAGCACAAGAAGGAUAUUUCGGGAAACCCCCGAGCCCUGUGGAGGCUGAGGACCGCCGGCGAGCGGGCGAAGAGGAUCCUCUCCACCAACACACACGCCACUGUGGACGUCGAGUUCCUGCACGAGGGCAUCGAUUUCCACUCGACCAUCACCCGUGCGAAAUUCGAGGAUCUCAACAUUGACCUUUUCCAAAAGUGCAUAGAGCCAGUCGAGAGCUGCCUCAGGAGUGCUGGGAUGGACAAGGCCGCCGUCCACGAUGUAAGUUUUUUCAACGGGAAGGAGCUCUGUAGGAGCAUCAACCCGGACGAGGCCGUUGCCUACGGGGCCGCCGUGCAAGCGGCCGUCCUCACCGGCGUGAGGGACAACAAGGUUCGGGACCUCGUCCUUUGCGACGUGACCCCGCUCUCCCUCGGUAUUGAGGUAAAAGGGGAAGUGAUUGUGGUCCCUCGCAACACACCAAUCCCUACUCGGAAGGAGAAAUGGUUCACGACGAUUUAUGACAACCAGACUUGUGUGGAUUUCAAGGUCUAUGAGGGGGAGCCGGCGAAGUCGACGGAGAACAACCUGCUCGGGCAGUUCACACUGGAGGGAGUCCCACGGGCCCCUCGGGCGGUGCCAAGCAUUGACGUGUGCUUUGAAAUCGAUGUCGACGGGUUACUGAGCGUGUCGGCUAAGGAGAGGUCCAAGGGGAGCGCAAACGGGAUCACUAUAACCAACGAAGGAGGUAAGGCGUCUAGAGAGGAGAUUGAGAGAAUAGUGAGGGAUGCAGAGAGGUACAGGCGGGAGGACGAGGAGUACAAGAGGAGGGCCGAAGCUAGAAACAAGCUCGAGAAUUAUGCCUACGGCGUGAGGAGCGCAGCCAGGGCUGCCGUCUGGCUGGCGAUGGCCGACAGGAGAAGGGUGGAGGAGGAGGCCACGUGGGUUAUUAUGUGGGUGGAGGGGAAUUGGAUGCGGGCUGGGGUUGACGAGUUGAACCAUAAGAUGUGGGAGCUUGAGCGCAUUUGCAGCCCUAUCAUCAAAUUUGGCAUGGAGUCUCGUGGCGACUCCCAGCGCCAGGCCACCAAAGACGCCGGCGCGAUCGCCGGCCUCAACGUCAUCCGCAUCAUCAACGAGCCCACGGCCGCCGCCAUUGCCUACGGCCUCAACCAAAGGGCAAAUACUGCCUGGGGAGGUUCGAAAAACGUGCUCGUCUUCGACCUCGGUGGCGGCACCUUCGACGUCUCCCUCCUCACCAUCAACGACGGCUCCUUCGUCGUGAAGGCCACCGCGGGCGACACCCACCUCGGAGGAGAGGAUUUCGACAACCGAAUAGUCGCCCACUUUGCGGCCGAGUUCAAGCGCAAGCACAAGAUGGAUAUUUCGGGAAACCCCCGAGCCCUGCGGAGGCUGAGGACCGCCGGCGAGCGGGCGAAGAGGAUUCUCUCCACCAACACUCACGCCACUGUGGACGUCGAGUUCCUGCACGAGGGCAUCGAUUUCCACUCGACCAUCACCCGUGCGAAAUUCGAGGAUCUCAACAUUGACCUUUUCCAAAAGUGCAUCGAGCCAGUCGAGAGCUGCCUCAGGAGUGCCGGGAUGGACAAGGCCGCCGUCCACGACGUAGUCCUGGUCGGAGGCUCGACUAGGAUCCCCAGGGUUCAGAGUCUGCUGCAGAGUUUUUUCAGCGGGAAGGAGCUCUGUAGGAGCAUCAACCCGGACGAGGCCGUUGCCUACGGGGCCGCCGUGCAAGCGGCCGUCCUCACUGGCGUGAGGGACAACAAGGUUCGGGACCUCGUCCUUUGCGACGUGACCCCGCUCUCCCUCGGUAUUGAGGUAAAAGGGGAAGUGAUGGAUGUUGUGGUCCCUCGCAACACACCAAUCCCUACUCGGAAGGAGAAAUGGUUCACGACGAUUUAUGACAACCAGACUUGUGUGGAUUUCAAGGUCUACGAGGGGGAGCGGGCGAAGUCGACGGAGAACAACCUGCUCGGGCAGUUCACACUGGAGGGAGUCCCACGGGCCCCUCGGGCAGUGCCAAGCAUUGACGUGUGGUUUGAAAUCGAUGUCGACGGGUUACUGAGCGUGUCGGCUAAGGAGAGGUCCAAGGGGAGCGCAAACGGGAUCACUAUAACCAACGAAGGAGGUAAGGCGUCGAGAGAGGAGAUUGAGAGAAUAGUGAGGGAUGCAGAGAGGUACAGGCGGGAGGACGAGGAGUACAAGAGGAGGGCCGAAGCUAGAAACAAGCUCGAGAAUUAUGCCUACGGCGUGAGGAGCGCGGCCAGGGCUGCCCUCUGGCUGGCGAUGGCCGACAGGAGAAGGGUGGAGGAGGAGGCCACGUGGGUUAUUAUGUGGGUGGAGGGGAAUUGGAUGCGGGCUGGGGUUGACGAGUUGAACCAUAAGAUGUGGGAGCUUGAGCGCAUUUGCAGCCCUAUCAUCAGAGUUGGCAUGGAGUCUUGUGGGUUAUAG